UUUUUUUUUUGAACAUUAUUCAACAUGGAUGGAAAGAAAAAAGGAAAGUCCACUGACGACAUGCGUUCAAGAGGACCACGUGCCUCUGUGACUGAUAUCAAAAUGGAUACCUUUAGCUUACAUGACAAAGAAGACAUUCCAGAAUCCUCAUCCAUGGCAUCAGCACUCGAUGGUACAAUUAGGUCUUCAGUAGAGGAAUCACCAAAAUUACAACGUGCAUUGAAGGCUCGUCACUUGACAAUGAUUUCACUUGGAGGGACUAUUGGUACAGGGUUAUUCUUGGCUUCUGGAGCUAGUAUUGCUUCUGCAGGACCUGGAGGUGCUUUGAUUAGUUAUGCAUUAGUUGGUAUCAUGGUAUUCUUUAUGAUGGAAUGUUUGGGUGAAAUGGCAACUUUUUUGCCUAUUUCUGGAAGCUUCAACAAUUACGCUGGUAGAUUCAUUGAUCCUGCUAUUGGGUUUGCGCUGGGUUGGAACUACUUUUACAAUUGGAGCGUUACAUUGGCUGUAGAAUUGACUGCCGGAUCAAUGGUUAUGCAAUUUUGGUUACCUGAUGUCCCGAAUUAUGUAUGGUCUAUUGUAUUCCUGUUACUUGUUAUGUCAUUGAAUGUAUUUUCAGUUAAAGGUUAUGGUGAAGCAGAAUAUUGGUUUGCAUUGAUCAAAGUUUUGGUGGUAAUUGUAUUUGUGAUCUUGGGUAUAUUAGUCGAUACUGCUGUAUUGGGUGGUGUCUACUAUGGAGUAGAAGUAUUCAAAGAAGGUGGUAUCCAAUCUACUGGUAUUCUUACCACUUUUUUGACGGCUAGUUUCUCAUUUCAAGGUACUGAAUUGAUUGGUGUGGCCGCUGGUGAAAGUGAAAAUCCAAGACGAAAUGUUCCUCGAGCAAUCAAACAGGUGUUUUGGCGUAUUCUUUUAUUUUAUAUCCUCUCCAUCUUCAUCAUUGGUCUCAUCAUCCCUUAUAAUGAUCCUUCCUUAUUGAAAAAUGAUGUAUCUGAUAUUACUGUAUCUCCUUUCACUCUGGUAUUUAAAAAAGCUGGCUUGGAUGCAGCUGCUCAUUUUAUGAAUGCAGUUAUCCUAACUACGGUAUUAUCGGCUGGUAACUCUGGUUUAUAUGCAUCUAGUAGAACAUUAUAUGAUCUUGCUUUGGAACGCAAAGCCCCUCAAUUUUUCGCCAAGGUCACACGUUUUGGAGUUCCUAUCUAUUGUGUUUUACUAACAUCCGUCAUUGGUAUGCUUGCUUUCUUGACUUCCUUGUUUGGCAAUGGUGUUGUGUAUUCGUGGUUAUUGAAUGUUAGUGGUGUUGCAGGUCUUAUUGCUUGGCUAGGUAUUGCUGCUUCUCAUUAUCGAUUCCGAAAAGCACUUAUUGCUCAAGGUCGUAGUGAGGAUGAACUUCCUUUCAAGGCUCGUCUUUUCCCAUUCGGUCCUAUUUUCACUUUUGUGGUAUGUCUCUUUAUCUUGAUUGGACAAGGCUAUGACAGUUGGUUUGCGCAACCUGUAGUAGCUGCUGAUAUUAUCGCUUGUUAUAUCGGUAUUCCUGUCUUUUUCGUAUUUUAUAUUGGUUACAAAGUUGUAAUAGGAUCCAAGAUUAUUCCUCUCAUGGAAGUGGAUUUGGAUUCUGGUCGUGAAGAAAUCAUCAGACAUACUAUGGAAUUGGAUGAAGUCAAGCGAUAUGAUCCCUUGGAAGGUGUCAGUAUUAUUAAACCAUCAACAUGGAAACGAAUCCCUCACAACUUACGUUCUUGGCGUGAUGCUGUCCACAACUAGAUAGAUUAUGACAUUCUUUUUUUUUCCAUCUCCUUCUAUAUUCGUUAUAUUCUCCUCUUUUUUUUUUUUUAUUUUCAUCCAUACACUAUCUGCUUUAUUCAAUAUCAUUGUUAUCAUACAUCUUGUUACAUUAAAUCAUCAUAUUUAUAGAAAGU